AUGGUUAUUCGUCGCAAGAAAGGGUACUCACCGAAUUCUUUUUUUGAUCUGGUAAAGCCACAUAUGGUGAUCGUAUCCUUUUGUCUCGGCAUCUUGGUCACGUGGUUUCAAAUGAGAAAGCAAUCGACCGAUGAACGAUUCGCGACCAGUUUUAUGCUUUGGUACUGUAUGGCAUGUCUUUGGCCGUUUCUGACCGUGAUCGUAAAGACGAUACUCGACACGGAGGGCCUACUUUAUGAUAUGGCAGGCUCUGAACGUUUCUUCGAUUUCAUUUUCGACACGGCUAUUGAUGCGGUGGCGAAUCUUGGAACAAGCAUGUGCUUCGUCGUUGCCGUGUGGCAUAAAUUUUCUAGAUGUGUCUUCGACGUGCGGGCCAGUGCAUCGAGUUUGGACGUGGAGGGCGGGAUUGACAAAUGCGAGAGUAGCGACAAGUACUGCGCCAAUAUUGACUUCAACGGGAUCAAGGCUAAGGGAUGCUCCAGGACGGCGUUGAAAAUUCACGGAGACGGUCUGCCUACAUUUGUUUGCGAUCAGGCCGGAUGCAACGCUCAAAAGACGCUUUGCUGUUGCGAGGGCAAUAAAUGCAAUGGAGCCACCGGUAUCUCGGCAUUACUGUCACUGCUGUCUUUUGGCGCUGUGUGGCUUUUCAUGAAAAAG